AUGAUUGAAAAAAAUUUCAUUAAUAGUCAUCUUGGAAUCAAGUUUAAAUCAUUCAUUGAUGGAAAAUGUAGAGUAUGGUUUCAAGCAAAACAAGUUGCCCAAAUACUUGGAUAUAAAAAUACAGAUCAUGCUUUAAAAAGACAUGUAAGUGAAAAUCAUAAAAGAACUUUUCUUUUUUGUUGCCCGCCUGAAACGGGCGGUCAACAAAAUGAAACCAGGGGUGAUGAAACACCACCUCAAAAAAUUGACACUAGAGGGAAAUAUUGUUUAUUUGUUGAUGAAGCAGGAUUUUACGAAUUAGUUUUUAGAUCAAAAUUACCUGCUGCAAAAAUGUUUCGAGAAUGGGUAUUUACUAAGGUAUUACCAUCAAUUCGUAAGUAUGGUUAUUAUAAAACGAUGGAUACAAGAAUAAAACAAAGAGUAAUAUUUGAAGGGAAAAAGUACUACAAACACCCAGUUUUUAGUAAUUAUGCUGCAAGAAAAAAUGGAGAAGUAAUAAAUGUAAAAACUAAAAAAAUUAUAAAAAUGAUGAAUAAUGGACUUGGUUAUUUAUUUUUUGAUAUUUGUGAUAAAAAACUUGAAAAACCAAAGAAAUACUUACAACAUCGUUUUGUAUAUGAGGUUUUCAAAGGGCCAAUUCCAAGAUGUUUUGAGAUUGAUCACCAAAACUCGAUAAGAAGUGACAACAGAAUUAAAAAUCUGCAAUUACUUACUCAUAAACAGAAUAUU